UAAAUUUGCUGGAAUAGAAGAAGAUUUCAGGGCAAUUAUGGAGAAGCAUAGCACAAAAUGGUUUAAUGUUCAAUCUGUGCCUCAGUGCUUUACAUUUCCCCAAGAAGAAAGACCAGGGGAUGCCCCUAUACCCAUAUGCAACAAAAUCCCAGUUAUUGAUCUUGGAAAAUCCCUAGCAAGUUCUUCACAAAAAAUGGAAACAAUCAAGCAACUCUUGCAAGCUGGUCAGGAAUUUGGGUUUUUCCAGGUAAUCAACCAUGGAAUUCCAGAGAUCGUGACGGCUCAAACAAUGUCUACCUUUGAAGAGUUUUUCAACAAUAUGACUGACGAAGAAAAAGUAAAUGUACCAACUAGAAAAGGAUGGAUCUUCACAGGGAGCGAAGAAGAAGUUAAAAAUGGCAUCCAUUUAUGGAGAGAUAAUAUAAAACAUCCUUGUCACCCUCUAGAGAAAUGCAUGCAAAGUUGGCCUGAUAAACCAGCUAGCUACAGAGAAGUAGUGGGAAGAUAUGUAGCGGAAAUAAGGAUGCUGAGUUUGACAAUUUUGGAGCUAAUAUGCGAAGGAUUAGGAAUUGAAUCAGGCUACUUUGAUGAACAAAGUGAAGUUCAAUUGUUGUCAGCAAAUAAUUAUCCACCAUGCCCAGAUUCAAGCCUUACUUUAGGCAUACCAAAACAUUUGGACCCAAGCCUCAUAACAAUAAUAUAUCAAGGGAAUGUGAGCGGGCUUCAAGUUUUGGUAGAUGGAAAGUGGAUGUGGGUUGAGUCUGUCCUUAAUGCUUUUGUUGUCAACAUAGGCAAUCAGUUAGAGAUAAUCAGUAACGGGAAGCUAAGAAGUGUGGAGCAUAGAGCAGUAACAAAUUCAAAGGAAGCAAGAACAUCGAUAGCCAUAUUUGUCAAUCCAACUCCCAACAGCAUUGUUGAGCCAGCAAAAGUCCUGUUGAAUGAGUCUAAUCCUCCUCUCUACGAAUCCAUUCUUUACAGAGAUUUUAUCAAUGCUUCCAAGGCUUUUGGUAUUCAUACUGAUGUCAUACAAAAUGAUGCUUAACUCAGGGCCCGUUUGGACAGGAGGUGAUAUGAAGUGGAAAUUUUGUUUGGACGUGGAAUUUGGAUUUCUUAAGUUGUAUUUUUUAUUUAUAAACAUGAAAACUCUACAAUUUGUGGAAGUUAUCAAAACUUCUCCAGC